CCCACAACCCUGAGUCCAGGGGGCCUGCCCCUCAGCCAUCACCCCCGCCAAGGAUCUCCUGCUCCUGGAUAGAGGGAGGCCAUCCUGGGGUGAAGGUCCUAUGGCCAAGCACCACAGAGGAUGCUCCUUUGCUUGGAGGGAGAAACCAGGGGGUCUCCAGUCCCUGGGACCCAGGAGCUCCCCACUUCUGCCUCCCAUGGGCAAGACCUGCUACCCCUAUUGCUCUGCAAUCCUGGACCAGCUCCUGGGGUGGAGGGAUAGGGUUCCCACAGCCCAGUGAGUGCCACCACCGGCCCUAGGGCACAAGUGACUGCAAGUGUGGCCACCAUCUGCCUGGAGGUCCCUGGGGACAGAGUAGCUGCAUCCUCCCGGAAUGGGGGUACCUGGGAGGCUGGGAGCUUUAGUGGUGGUUUGAGUGCCCCCAUGUGGAGGUGUGACUCUGAGCUUUGACUUUGUCAAGAGGGAGACUCGAUCCUCUCAUCAUAGCACACCCUACAAAACACAUGUAGUCCACCAGCAUUGGAGACCAGGCCCAGCUGUGGCUAUCAAUCAGGCCUCAACCUGUGAUCAAGAUCAGGGCUCUGUCUAUGACCAAGGAGCAGGACUCAGACCAGAAGCAAGGAUCAGGUUUAGUCUGUAACCAGGGUAAAGGCUCAGUGUGUGACAGGGGAAGGGUUCAGUUCAUGGUAUCUGUCCUGGCACCGGCUAUGUGUGAGGCUGUAGGACCAAGCUUUAGAGCUCUAUCCUUGAUCUCAGUCUCACGGGCUAUGAGCCUCCCUUUUGGGAACCUGGUCCUGUCCUGGACUUGUUUCAGCCUGAGUCCUUGAGCCUCACUGGUGGGGAAGUAAGGUGGAAAGGGGUGCUUCAGCCAGGUCCCAGCCUGAACCAGGGCCCCACCUAUGUGGAGGCCCAAAUAGUUCCAUGGCCUGUAGGAAACAGGGAAGGACUUAGUUUGAUGGGGAACAAAGAAGCCAGUGGCCCCAAAUUUGGGCUGGAAGAGGAGCCAGGAGCAGAUGGGGAAAGAAAGAGCUGAGCCCAGUGUCUGGUGGCCCAGGCCACUCAAACUCCUGGGCUGGUUGAUGAGGUGGACUCUCCUCCUUUCCCGGGACCUGCCAGCUCCGGCACCUUUCACCUCUGUUCCCGAAAUCAGGACUGAUGUCUCUGGUCUCUGGCCUCACUCUUGUCCUAAGCAGCAAAGAGAUCCUCUCUUGAGCUGAUGGCCAUGACCGCUCAGGCCAGGGAUGAGCACCCUGCCUCAGCACCCCCAGGAGGGAGCCCUACACCUGCAUGGCAAGCCUGGCCAUGGGCCAGGGUGAGGCUGGAACCAGCACUAGCCUAUAAGGGCAACAAGGAGCCCACCUUGCUGUUCCCAGGGUCUUCACAGCUCCCUACCUGUCUUGGGGGCCCAGUAUUCUACCCUAGUGUGGGCAGGGAAAGGCAGCCAUCUUGCUGAGGAAGAUGAUAGUGUAGGCUUCUGGAGCUCAGCCAUGGCCAGCACUCCUCAGCAACAGCACUACCCACCAGCAGCAGGACUCUUCCUUCCACUGUGUCCACUGGCAACCCUUGCUCAAGCUCCGGCAGUUACCUCCUUUCUCCCUGCCUCUUCCCUCCCCACUCCAGCCCUCUGUCUGGUCAGCAGCCAGACCCAAGAGAGUCACUCAGUACCUGUCUGUGGCCCAAAACCUCAGGCUCCACAGGUCAAGCCAAGCAGGAACUUAACUCAGUUAGCUGCUGUUUAUAGUGGUAAGGUGUGUCUGGUUCUGCAGCCUGAACACAGGGCCAGGACCAGGAGGCACGGGUAUCAUAAGGGCAAAUUGGACCUCAAAGGAACAAGGGCUGAGAUAGAUCUGUUUAGAAGGGCAGGGGAUUCCCCAAGAAGGAAAUGAGCUCUCUAACUCCAGGGGUAUCCAAGCCUGUGCUAAUUAGUUUUGUCAGGCCACAGGACAUUUUUACCCUGGGGAAAGGUCAAUUUAAGUUCCAUGACAGAGUUUAGGCUGGGCCACAGCCAGCACUGUCCUGGGUCUCUUUGAAAGAAACAUCAGUCCCAUGUCUUCAACUACCCAGACACUUCUAAUCCCACCCAUCCAUCCAUCUGCUCUUUUAUCCAACCAUUGUCUACUCAUCCUACAUCUUUUCAUCCAUCUAUAUGCUCACUCAUGCUGCCAUUCAUCCACCCAUCCUAUCAUCCAUACUUAUCCACCUAUCCAGCCACCCACCCAUCCUAUAUAUCCUCCAGCCUGUCACCCGUCCACCCAUCACCCCACUUACCCUUAUAUUUAUCCAACCAUACACCCACUCACCUCUCUCAUCCAUUGUUAUCCAUUCAUUGACCCGCCUACCCCAUCCAUCCUCUAUUCACUCACCAACCAUGCAUCUAUCCCCCCAUCCAUCCCUCCAUCUAGCAGCCAAUGCUGCUCAAUAGUUAGCACUGCCAGGCUUAGUUGAAGGAGUCCUACAGGAAUGGAAAUUCCAGGUGCUGUCUGACCCAAGCAUUAGUCCAGGAAGGGUGGGGCAGGCAUCCAGUUCCAAGGUAGGGUUGGGGCUUUAAUUGUAUCCUGAAGGUAGUUGAGAGCCAGGGAGGGUUUCUGGGAAGCAGUUCCUGGUGCAAUUUGCAUUUUAGCCAUUGCCUCUGAGUGGAAGGAGUGGCCAAGAAAGGGGAAGCAGACUCCCAGAGACGGACAAGGUGACCUCAUGGAAAAAUGGGGCUUGUGGGAAUUGGGCAAUGGUCAGUUGGGUAGGAGGGGACAGGUGUGGCUCCAUCUUGAGGAUUGCUUCGGUGCUUGGCCAGGCUUGGAGGGCUCUGAAGUUUCUGUGUCCCUGUAAUGGUCAGGCAGUGGGAGAUAGAACUUAAGUGUGCCCCAUCAGAGCUUCAGUUCGUUUCUACUGUCAGUCUUGCAUGGCUUAGGCAGUUUUUACACAUAUCCCCCCAUCUCUGCUGCCCAGCAUCCCUGAGGAGUAGAAAGAAUCAUCAUCCCAGUUUACAGAUUAGACACAGGCUCAGAAAAGAGGAGAAAUGACUUGCCAAUGGCCACACCGCACACAACUGGCAGGGCCAGGGUUCACCUGGGUCUGUGGAAUAGCCCUGUCCCCAGCUGCAGGGCUUGGGGAUUUGGACAAGGACUCUCAGACUCAGUGAGGUGAGCUGCCCCUCUGUGUCACACACACUGGGCUCAAACCCCAUCUCCUGGUUCCACACCUGGGUCCUGUGGGGAGGGCAUGGACUCACAGAGAGGUGGGAGGAGAAGAGAGCAGCUGUCCACCUAGGGCAUAAAUCCUGCAAGGGCAGGUGCUCUCUGACCCAGACACAGUGCUGCUUUUAUACCUGGUGAUUGGAUGCUGGGCUCAGAGAUGGGCUGAGGUGCUGGCGCUCUGCCUGCAAGAGGGCUGGCUGCGUGUACCCUCUCCAGGUUGCUACCCCACCCUGCCACCUGGACUCUGAGGAUUUCCCUGUUUUUCAAAUCCAGGGCAAGUGGCCCCUUCCAGGUAGCCUCAACUAGCAACACACCAGUGUCUUUGUCCUGCACACUCAGGAGCACAGCCACCUACCCCCAUGCUCCAAGUGCAUUUGCUCUGUGAUCUGCAGGGAGCUUACAGUGCCACUCACUAGUUUUCACAGUCGUCCUCUGGGGCACAUGUUCCUCUACCCAGGUUUUAGAUUAGAGAAGGGGAGACCAGAGUAAGGCCCUCGUGAUUAUACCAAGGUCACAUGGGAGACCAGGUGGAGCUAGGACUGGGCUCAGUCUACCACAUUCCAAAAGCAGGCACUCUCUGGCUCCUCUCCUAAUGUCUGGGCAUGUCUGUAGACAGAGCCCCAGGGGUGACCCACCCCGAUAUUGUUUACAUACUGCCCCAUGUGCAGCCCUGUGAUUUGAUUUAGUAACCAGGCUCUCCCUUUGCAAACCACGCCCUUCCUUUGCUUUCUUGCAAAGAUUUGUAUAACUCGCCCCAGCCCACAAAGCCAGGUCACUUCCACCCUUGCAACCUACAAACAGGAAAAGUCUUGAGGGACAAAGGGGCCACCCCGAGACCAUACUUGGAGAGCUGCAAGGCCAAGAGAAAAACUUGGGCCUCCUAGGUGCCAAGCCAGAGCUCCUUCCAGCAGCCCAUCCAGCCUCAAGAUCAGAGUGUGACUCUUCUAUGCCAGAGCCGGCCCCCCUCACCAGCCCUCCGCAGAGCCCACUCAGCCUGUCCAUCGAUCUAUUCAUCCACACAUCUACCCCCACUUUUCUAGCCACCUAUCCCUCCCUCUGUCCAUCCAUCCAUUCAUCCAUCCUCCAUCCAGCCAUUAGUUCCCCCAUCUAUUCAUUCCUCACUACUCUUUCAAAUAUUGUCCACCCAAACAUCAUUCUCCACCCAUCUACCCGUCUAUUUAUCCUUCCACCCAUCAAUCCAACCAUCAGUCCAACCUACCCAUCUAUCCAGCCAUGAAACUCCCCAUUAGGACACUGGAAAACAGACACCAAAGAGACUGAUCUGGGAAGGACUGCGGAGGAGGAGCACCUGGAUGGGGAAGAUCUGAGGCACUGGAUGGGAGACAAGACAGUAUGUCUACACCGUGAGAGGCCUAGAACAGGAAAAGGCAUGUGUGUGGGAUGGUGUGCCGCGAGAGAGAAGGUCAGAAAAAUUGUCAGGCCAUGGGGCCAGAGGGUAGGCAGUGCCCUGUCAUUAAGGGCCUGAAACCAACCAGCUCACCCUAAAGGCCAUUAGCAGGGAGGGGCUGGCCAUGAUGAGAGGUCACAGCAGCCCCAGCCACCCCACUUCCUCAGGCUAACCUUUUUCCACAUUGGCCUGGCCUCAGUUUUGUUGGUGUGUGUGGGUGAAGAGCAGGUGGACAGUCUCAGUAAGCAGGAGACCAGCCUUGGUCCCUGGCGCCAGGUGACUCCCUGCACUUGGGUCUUGAGGACCCCGAGACUGGAGCCAUGUGGCCUUCAGAAAGCCCAAAGAGGCAGAGCUGGGGUGUGAGGGGGCUUGCCAGAGCGUCUGCCUGGGCUCAGGUGAAGGGCCUCCCUAUCAGAGCCAUCCCAGGAAGACAGGGCGUCGGGAGCAGUGAGGGCCCUGUGAUCGAGGUACACCGGCAGAGGGGAGGGCCCAGGUGGCUGCAGAGGGAUCCUAUUCCUGAGGGCCUUUGAGUAACACAGUUCCCACCAUGACAUGGCACCACCCACAGUCCCGAUGGCCCUCACCCCUCUGCUCCAGGCUGCCCUACUGAGUCACACAGGUUCUGCCACCACCGCCCAAGAGCAGGAGCUACAAAGGCUGGUAUAAACCCUCAAAAGGGGCCAGCUGAUCCUAACUCCUGCACACCAGGAAUGGCCUCCUACUGGGCAAUGCAGCUACUGCUCUUGGCUGCCUAUGGUGAGGCCUUCAGGUGCUACUCCUGUGACCGGCCCACACCCGUUCAUUUGUGCAAGAACAUCACUUACUGCAACCUGGAGGACACAGCCUGCAAGACCACCCUGGAGAAAGUGGAGGCAGAGUACCCCUUCAACCAGAGCCCCAUGGUGACCCGCUCCUGCUCCACCUCCUGCCUGGCCACUGACCCCGACAGCAUCGGAGUGGCCCAUCCUGUCUUCUGCUGCUUCCGUGACCUCUGCAACUCAGGGGAGGUAGCUGGGUUCUAGCCGCUCUGGGGGCCAUGCUCCUCAGCACAGCACCUUCUCUUUUGACAGGGCCUGGCACUGCCUGUGGUUAUCUCGCCCUACCUCUGCAAGCUGACCUCCCUGGGCCUCAGGCCACUUACUCUGCCCCUAAGCUUGUAGAAAAUAAAUAAACCAUAGGUGGAGACAACUUCUGCCUUCUGGGCACUGAGAGCCCACAGAGCUGGCCUUCAGGACAGCUGGGCUGAAUCCUGGAAAGUUCCGGCCACCUGAACCUCCUUCUCAUCUGGGGCCUAAUGGAACCAUUUCUCAGAUGAGGAGACAGUGGCACAAAUGCUGCCUGGGCCAUGUUUCCUGAAACAUAGCCCAUGUCUCAGCCCAGGACCUGUUAUUAGCCCCAGGAACCUUAACCCUCCCCCCAAGAACCUCCCCUCAAACCCUGGGGGUCACUCCACCCCAGAGUGGAAAGGAAGCUCAGAGUCAGGAUCUGGUUUCUUCCAGUAGUGGGACUCUCUGGUUCUGCCUAGCCUGGCAAGGUGGAUGAGGCUGCAGCGAGGAGGGUGAAAAGCAGGAGGCACAGGGAGCUCAGGUUGCCUGCCCCUGCCUGGCAACUGGCCUCUCCAUUGGCCUUAGUCACCGCCUCUGGCAAUAGCUUGCCUGUCCUCUUCGGACAGCUGGGGAGAUUGGAUGAGACGGUAGCCAGUGCUAGCUUUUCUCCCAGGCCAGAAAGCCAGGGGUGGCUCCCUGCCAUGCUGGACCCACAGCACUCCCAGGGCUGUCCCCAAAGGUAGAGGAUUGGAGGGAGCAGGGUGCCUGCAGGGGCUGGGCCCCAUGAAGGGGGCCAGGUUCCUUAGGAGACCUGGACUUCAGACCCCUUCUUCCCCCUCCACACGUGCUUUACCUGCCAUGGGGGAUGCAGCAACGCUUGAGCGACCCUAAUGCCCCUCCCCAGGCCCACGUUCCUGCAAGGGGGCUGAGCACUGUCUGGAUUCUGCCCUGCAGAUCUUGGCCUCAGGCUUCAGAGGCCACUGGGCCUUGACCUUGGGGUUCCCCCACUACCUGCUGCUGCUGGGGCACCAGCGAUGUGCCUCGAGUUUGGGUGACCAGCUUGGGACACCUGAAUGGCACAGGGAGUAACCAGAACGGUGGCGAGGGUCCCUCAGUACUCCUGGGAGAGCUCCUCCUUCCUGGAAGCCCAGCGGCCACCCCAAGCGAGCUGCUUCCCUAAGAAUCAGCAUCCUUAGCAGCAGGCGCUGCCUGACAGGUCUCCCUUAAAGGAUGCUCCUGGGCCCACCCUGCCUGCAGUUCCCUCAGCCAGGGCCCCCUGGGUUAUGGCUGGAUUUCCAGAGAAACCACUGGCCCUGGGUUUGGAGUCAAGAGGCCCGGGGCGCGGCCUCACAGUAGGGAGUGAGCAGAUGUCACCACCUGGAGGACAGAUGGGAUCACUGCCUCUGCAGCGGCGGCCCGGAGCUAGAGGCCUCAGCAUUGCAUCGGCGUGGCCAGCAGAGGGCGCGCCCGAACCGCGGAUCCAAGGAGCCCUCCCAGGCAGCUCACUGCAGGCCCGCGAGACUCCCGGUCGCCCCUCCCAGGCUGCAUUCUCCACACCGAGCGAGGCUAAGCCGCCGGGCCCGCGGGGGCAGCAGGGAACCGGGAAAGCUUUUCUCCUUGGUUGGCUUCGGAGACGCCCACCUGCCCCCUGCGCAUGCGCACGGACGAAUGUAUCUCAGUCCGGCCGCUAAACCCAGAAUUCCGGGUCUGGGGUCAUGCCCUUCCAGCCCCAGGCACCUUCGCUUGGUGCCUAGUGGGACCCAAACUCCUCAUCUUGCAGCCUCGCAGCCCCAAUCCGACCCCCAGGUCUCCCCAGCCCUUUGGGGCCACUAUCUGCAGUCCCACUAGGAAACAUGUCCUUAAGUGCUGACCUCUGCCACCCUCAGCUGCACUCCCUCGACUGUCCUCCUCUUACUCCCUGUCUGCGCUCGGCCCUUGGCCUCCUUACCCCAAACAGAUGUACCAGCCUCACCCUUAGAGGAAGAGAAAAAUCUUCCCAGUAGAUCCCCACAUGCCACAGGCUCGGGGUAGUGCCAGGGCCGGAGGCUGGAAGGCAGGGCCUUGUGGCCACCCUUCCCGGGUGCAAACCACCGAAGCCAUAGGCACCUCUGUGAGCACUUGUGAGAGGUACCUCCCGCUCCAGGCCCAGUCAUCUCACCAAGGCCCUUUCCAGUCCCCGCAGGGCAGGGAAGCCUAUUGCCCCUACAGGCGUCCCUAUGCCAUGUGACCAAACUUGCCACUUUGUCCUGGGAUCCCACUACCCCAACCUGGAGGGUCUGCAGUAUGUCCCCUACGCUUUCAGCCCCCUUCUGUCACCAAGGUCAUCAGCCUGUGUCCCAACUGCAACCCCACCCCGCCCCAUGACUCCAGGAACCUAGGGUCCCAGACCUGUCCUGGGACUCUGAGGAAAGGGAAAUCCUGGGCCAGGGCAGGCUGGCCAGGGACUUUGGGCCACUCCUUUCCAGGCUCAAUACCUCCUUCUGUGGGAUGGAGACAAGUCCUGCCCUGCUAACCUGAUCCCCAGGUUCAACGAAACCCAACAAACUUGGACAGAAAACAUU